AUGCUCGACGAUAAAGCGCCGAGAUCGAAGCUCAGUCCGUCAAGAGGUUCGUCUUUUUAUAUCGAAAAUUUACUGCGGACGACAGAGAGGGAGGCUUCGACUGGAAAACAGGAGUGUAAAGACAACGAACGCAUCCCAAGAGUGGAGACGCACCGUGACGCGCUGGACUGGUACGGAACGUCUCCCGCCGCGACACCCCGUCCCGGCUCCAGACGUGCAGAGUCCAAGCCCGGGCACACUGAUCAGGACUUUCCGGCUUUAAUGGGGCCGCCGGAGGAGAACGGGGACAGGUGUCUAACGGACAACAAAGAGGAUGAGGAUGCCUGCUCCCCCCGCUUCUCUCGAGGGGAUAGCCAUGAGACAAGUGACGUUAAAGCGGCGCGGAAGAAGAAGACCCGGACUGUGUUCAGCCGGAGUCAGGUUUUCCAGUUGGAAUCCACUUUUGACCUGAAGCGCUAUUUGAGCAGCUCGGAAAGAGCCGGCCUCGCUGCCUCCCUGCAGCUCACCGAGACCCAGGUCAAGAUCUGGUUUCAAAACCGGCGGAACAAGUGGAAGAGGCAAAUUGUUUCAGACAUGGAGUCCAACGGCACUGCUGUCCCCUAUUCAGCCCAGAGGGUCAUCAGAGUUCCGGUGUUGUAUUGUGACAGUGCCACGCCUCUAACACUGACCAGUUUGCCUCAAGUGUCACCACUGGUGGUUGGCUUCUCAAAUUGUUUUCGCUAUCCGCUGACGAGCCACUUUAGCCGCCCUGUGGCUUUCCUAACACCACAGAUGACCGGACUGGUGUGAGAUGGGGUGAAAGUGAUGUUGUGGUGCUGAAAAAUGUCCACUUUAGCAUAAAAUUUUGGAUUUGGAUUACUGUCCAGUGAGAAAUUAAGCCAUCAUUCUGGGGUAAUACAAGAGAAACAGGUUUGCUUCUUUUUGGAGUUUCCUGGAAGCAAUACAAUCCGA